GUCUCGUCUCUUCUCCACCAAGAAAGAAGAGAGGCGCAUUCCCUUUCUGCCCCCCUCUCUCUGCGCUGCUCCUCUUCCCCUUCUCCAAGCCGCAGAGGCCACCGCUCACCGGAGGCACCCAGACGCGAGCGAUGGACCCCGUGGGCGCGAUGGAGGAGCGGAUCGUCACGGAGCGGAUCCGCCGGAAGCUCGAGGAGGUCAACGCCGCCGCGCAGCAGCACCUCGCCGGCGUCCAGGACCACGUCAACUUCACCAUGCAGCAAGCAUACUUCAAGUGUGCAUAUGAUUGCUUCGAUCGCCGAAGGAACCAAGAAGGGAUUAACAACUGCGUGGAGAACUGUAGUGUGCCUGUUCUCACCGCCAAUAAUCUUGUUGAGAAUGAAAUGGCCAAAUUUCAGGAACGGUUGAAUCGGUCAUUGAUGGUCUGCCAAGACAAGUUUGAAGCAGCCAAGCUCCAGAAGAUGAAAACGGAUGCGACUCAGGAACUGGAAUCCUGUGUGAACAAAUCUAUAGAUGACAGCAUCAGGGUGCUGCCCCAUGUGGUGGAGCAGAUCAAGUCCUCCCUCAACAUCAAUUAGAGGCCUGUUACUCUUCCUUUAGGGUCAGAUAAUACUAUAAUAGAGUAUCUUUCAAAUUCACAAUUGUGGAUCAACUCCACUUUUUUUCAGUGGAAAACCCAUUAGCCAGAACUAUGCAGAGCUCCUACUGAUAUCGAUAUAAUACGAUCACUGUAUCCUGUUACUCUCCUGGCUUCAGAACAGUUUUGGACAUCAUCGACAUUUUGAAUUGUACUGAACUCACUGCUUACGCAUAAACAGUACCAGGAUGGAAGAACAUGUUCUGCUCCCAUCAGUC